UUAUUCACUUGUCGUCCUCUCUUCCCCUCAGUCGUCAACUACCCCACCAGCUCCCCUUUGACUGGUAGCCGCCGCAGCGCAGCGCAGAGCUCGUUCUCCGCUCGGGAUGGGGCUUCGGUGCCAGUGAUGUGUUCGCGCUAGAGCCCGUGCUGGCUUCUCUCGUUGAGAAAGGGAGUUCUACUGUGUUUAGAGUCAGUGUUCGCUGAAAGGUGGACACACUUUCUCCCCGGUUUAUCGAAGAGGAAAGCGUUUUUUUUUGUGUGGAAAUGGCAGGAGCACAGCCCGGUGUCCACGCGCUGCAGCUGAAGCCUGUGUCGGUGUCCGAGAGUCUAAAGGCAGGGAGCAAAUUCAUGAAAUGGGAUGAUGACUCCACCACGGUCACCCCUGUCAACUUGCGAGUGGACCCCGAGGGAUACUUCCUCUACUGGAUCGACCAAAACAAGGAAACUGAUGUGCUGGACAUGUCCUUCAUCAAGGAUACCCGGACGGGGAAGUAUGCCAAGCUGCCCAAGGAUGCGAAGGUUCGGGAGCUGCUUGACGUGGGCACAGCGGUGGGGAAGCUGGAGAAUCGCUCGCUGACGGUGGUCAGUGGACCGGACAUGGUCAACAUCUCCUUCUUAAACUUUGUUGCCUUUCAGGAGGACAUAGCCAAGGAAUGGACAGACGAGCUCUUCAGCCUGGCAUCCAACCUCUUGGCCCAAAACAUGUCACGACAGACCUGCCUAGACAAAACAUACACCAGACUGAAGCUGCAGACCAACCCUGAAGGAGGUAUCCCAGUGAAAAAUAUUUUCCGGAUGUUCUCAGCGGACCGCAAGAGAGUGGAGACAGCGCUGGAGAACUCCAACCUGCCAUCUGGACGGAAUGAUGCUAUCCCCCAGGAGGACUUUACGGAGGAGAUGUUCCGUGGCUUCCUCAACAGCAUCUGCCCUCGACCAGACCUCGACACCAUCUUCUCUGAAGUUGGUGCAAAGAGCCGGCCCUACCUGACAGUGGAGCAGCUAACGGACUUCAUCAACAGUCGUCAGCGCGACCCGCGGCUAAACGAGAUCCUCUACCCUCCGCUGAAGAGCGACCAGGUGCAGGCACUCAUCGAGAAGUACGAACCCAGCACCACGCUCCCACAGAGAGGUCAGAUCUCUGUGGAGGGCUUCUCGCGGUACCUGAGCAGCGAGGAGAACAGCAUCGUUCCGCCGGAGAAGCUGGACCUGAGUGAAGACAUGACCCUGCCGCUCUCACACUACUUCAUCAACUCCUCCCACAACACCUACCUCACAGCUGGUCAGCUGGCUGGCAACUCUUCUGUGGAGAUGUAUCGCCAGGUGCUGCUGUCCGGCUGCCGCUGCGUUGAGCUCGACUGCUGGAAGGGCCGCACCGCCGACGAGGAGCCAAUCAUCACGCACGGAUUCACAAUGACAUCAGAGAUCUACUUCAAGGAAGUCGUUGAGGCCAUUGCAGAGAGUGCGUUUAAGACGUCUCCGUUUCCCGUUAUCCUUUCUUUCGAGAACCACGUUGACUCGCCAAAGCAGCAAGCCAAGAUGGCAGAAUAUUGCCGCUCGAUAUUUGGAGAGGCUCUUCUCAUAGAUCCACUGGAGAAGUAUCCGUUGGAGCCAGGCGUUGCCCUGCCCAGCCCCAUGGAGCUGCUGGGGAAGAUCCUGAUCAAGAACAAGAAGAGGGCCCACAAGGCCGACGGCAGCACCAAGAAGAAGCUGACGGAGCAGACCUCCAACCCCUACAGCGACACCUCCAGCGUCUGUGAACCCUCCUCACCCAGCGCAGGCUCCACACAGCAAGACGUGGGCGAGCGAGAGAGACUGCGAGAGCAAGCGAGAGAGCGAGAGGGCGAACGAGAGCGAGACGCCACUCCGCAGGCGCCUACUGAAGGAGGAGAGGGGGCUUCAGGGGAAGUGGAGCCUGACAGUGAUGAAGAGGAGGAUGAGGACGACGAAGGGAAAAAGUCAGUGGAUGAGGACACAGCUGGCAGUGAGACGUUUGCCACUGAGGAGAUGUCCAACCUGGUCAACUACAUCCAGCCCGUCAAGUUCAACUCCUUUGAGGCGGCCAAGAAGGUGAAUCGGAGCUAUGAGAUGUCCUCCUUCGUAGAGACCAAGGCCUUGGAGAACCUCACCAAGUCCCCAGUGGAAAUGGUGGAGUACAACAAACUGCAGCUGAGCCGCAUCUACCCCAAGGGGACGCGCUACGACUCCUCCAAUUACAUGCCCCAGGUCUUCUGGAACGCCGGCUGCCAGCUCGUCGCGCUCAACUUCCAAAUGCUCGACGCGGCCAUGCAGCUGAACCAGGGCAUGUUUGAGUACAAUGGCAAGAGUGGCUACCGGGUCAAGCCCGAGUACAUGCGGCGCGCUGGCAAACACUUCGACCCCUUCACGGAACGCACCGUGGAAUGCAUCGUGGCCAACACACUCUCAGUCAAGAUCAUCUCUGGCCAGUUCCUGUCAGACAGGAGGGUGGGGACGUACGUGGAGGUGGACAUGUACGGUCUGCCGGUGGACUCCAAGAGGAAGGCCUUCAGGACCAAGACCUCGCCAGGGAACUCCCUCAACCCCGUCUGGGAGGAGGAGCCCAUCGUCUUCAAGAAGAUUGUCCUCCCCAGCCUGGCUUCACUGAGGAUAGCUGUGUUUGAAGAUGGGGGCAAGUUCAUUGGCCAUCGCAUCAUACCCAUCUCAGCUAUUCGACCAGGUUACCACUAUAUUGCAUUGCGGAAUGAAAACAACCACUGCCUGACUCUACCAACUUUAUUCGUCUACAUCGAAGUGAAGGACUACGUACCUGACACAUACGCUGACGUGAUCGACGCCCUGUCCAACCCCAUCCGCUACAUCAGUCUGAUGGAGCAGAGAGCCCAGCAGCUGGCAGCCUUGACACUGGAGGAGGGGGGAGGAGAGGAGCCCAAACACAAAGAGGUGGAGAAGGGGAGAGAUGCGCCUUCGGAGCCCAAAGCCGACCCCAAGCCACUUCCUGCUGAGAACGGCACCAACCACACCCCCCUCAUCGCCCCCAAGCCUCCCUCAGUGGUCAACCAGCAGCCUCCUAUUGCAGUGAAACCGAUGCUGAAGACUGAGGACAUUGUCCAGGCUGUACUUACAGACGUGCAGGCCCAGAGCGUGGAGGAGCUUCGGCAGACGAAGGGCUUCGUGCGGGAGCAGCGGCGACAGUACAAGGAGCUCAAGGAGCUGCUGAAGCAGCAGCACAAGCGCACCGCCGAGCUCAUCAAGGAGCAGACAACGCGCCACAGCAAGCUGAGCUCCCAGCUGUUGCAGCGGAGGGCCUCCCUACAGAAGAACGCCAAGCGAGACGGGAAGAAGAGGUCUGGUUCGCAGGGCAGCUUGUCGUGUGUGGAGCAGGAGCUGGCCUCCUUGGAGGAGGAGAGUAACAGGAGACUCUCCCAGCUCAAGGAGGAGCAGGAGCAGGAGCUGCUCACACUGCGGCAGGAGCAGUACUACAGCGAGAAGUACCUCAAGAGGGAACACGUCAAACAGCUGGUGGAGAAGUUGACUGAUGUGGCUGAGGAGUGCCAGAAUAAUCAGAUGAAGAAACUCAAGGACCUGUGUGAGAAGGAGAAGAAAGAACUGAAGAAGAGGAUGGACAAGAGGAGACAAGAGAAGAUCAGCGAGGCCAAAUCACGAGAGAAAAACCUCACAGAGGAGGAGAAGCUGGAGAUCAACAGGUCGUUUGUCACCGAAGUUGUGCAGUACAUCAAGCGGCUUGAAGAUUCCCAGGGCAAACGUCAGGAGAAGCUUCUGGAGAAGCACAAAGACAUCCGACAGCAAAUCUUGGAGGAGAAGCCCAAGUUGCAAAGCGAGCUGGAUCAGGAGUACCAGGACAAGUUUGGCCGGUUGCCGACGGAGAUCCAGGAGUUUGUGCAGGACACGACUAAGUCCCGCCCCCGGGAACAAGGCCACGCCCACCACCUCCCCUCCUCUGCCACCACUGACACCCUCAACAGCAAGACAUCGGCGUCCGAAGACGACGCCGAAGAUAGCACGUCAGAAAGGGUGUUUGACACGCCCCUUUGAAACCAUAUCAGAGACACAUCGAAUACGCACGCACGCGCACACACACACACACACACACACACACACACACACACAC